AUGAGGAUUUUAGAAAACCUGGGAACACCAGAGAGAGCUCAAAACUGUUCCAAUGAUUAUUUCCAGGAUGUAUCAGAUCAAGUUACGGUGAAGAUGAAGGUUCUUUCAUUCUGCAACAGCUCCCGAGCCAGCUCCACUCUCCCUGGGUUUAUUAUUUUCUUCCUUACUUGUUAUGUUCACAGGUUGGAAUCAGCAAAGUUCGCAGUGAUUGGACCCCGUGACCCUGUCACUGCCAUCCUGGGUCAGGAAACUGUGUUACCCUGUCACCUGUCCCCCAGCAUGAGCGCUGCAAACAUGGAGGUGAGAUGGUUCCGCUCAGAGUUUCUAUCCUUUGUGCACCUGUAUCGUGAUGGGAUGGAUCAAUAUGAAGGGCAGAUGCCAGAGUAUCAGGGAAGGACAGAGCUUUUGAAAGCUGGACUCACAGAUGGAAAUGUUCCCUUGAGGAUUCUCAAUAUCAGACGUGCUGAUGAAGGACUAUACCUCUGUUUUGUUCAAGACGAUACUAUUUAUGGAGAAACUGCAUUGGAACUGCGGGUAGCAGGUCUGGGCUCUGCUCCUCUUAUCUCUGUGGAGGGUCACCAAGAUGGAGGGAUUCGGGUGAUUUGUCAAUCAGCUGGUUGGUACCCAGAGCCUGAAAUGCUGUGGAAAGAUCUCAAUGGGCAACAUUUACCAUCACUCUCUGAAACAACAUCCCAAGGGGAUAACGGCCUGUUUGAAACAGAAACUGCUCUCAUUGUAAAAGAACAUUCAAACCAAAACUUGUCUUGUUGCCUCAGGAACACCGUUCUCAAUCAAGAAAAGGAAUCAGCAGUUUAUAUAGCAGAUUCCUUUUUCCCAAGGGUGAAUCCCUGGAUGGUGGCUCUGAGUGUGAUCCUGGUGCUUUUGUUUGGUUUCAUUGGCCUCACUGUUUAUCUCUUUAAAAUGAAAGAGAAACUUACUGAAGAAGUUGGGAAACUUACUGAAGAAGUUGGCAAAAGAGAUACCAAAAUUGGCAAACGAGAUAUAGAAAUUGAGAAACGAGAUAACGAGAUAAGUAAGUAUCAUUAUUCUUCCUCUGAAAAGAAACUUUUUUGUAUUAGUUUGUACAAUAUUGAAUCAUGCAAUACAUGUUCAGAUCUGCUCUCCUCUCUAAUUAUGUGGCUGGUUUUAGGGUGGAGAAGAUCUGUGGCACCUAUAGAAGAAGUGACUGUGACUCUGGAUCCAGACACGGCUCAUCCCAACCUCGUCCUGUCUGAGGAUCAGAAAACUGUGAGACGGGAAAACACAGAGCAGUAUCUGCCUGACAAUCCUGAGAGAUUUGACACUGCACACUGUGUGCUGGGCUGUGAGGGAUUCACCUCGGGGAGACAUUGCUGGGAGGUGGAGGUGGGGGAUGGGGAAGGCUGGGCUGUGGGGGUGGCCAGAGAGUCUGUGGGGAGGAAGGGAUGGAUCAGCCUUAGCCCUGAGGGGGGGAUCUGGGCUGUCGGGUGGUGGGGGGGUCGGUUCUGGGCUCUCACCUCCCCUGAGACCCCCCUGCCCCUGAGCCGGGCCCCCAGCAGGAUCCGGGUUUGUCUGGACUGUGACCGGGGGCAGGUGACACUUAUCGAUGCUGGUGACGAGGCCCCGAUCUUCACUUUCCCGCCGGGCUCCGUCCCUGGGGAGAGAAUCCGACCCUGGCUCUGGGUGUGGCUGGGAUCCUGGCUCAGACUGUGUCCCUGA